AUGUCUGUCAACGUGUUCUCGCGCAGGGCGUUGCAGGCGACCACUCGACGAUUGGCCGCCGCCAACCCGUCUACUUUCAGCAAGACUCCUUUGUCGAGAUUACCUGCUCCCGUGGCGGUUGCGAUGGGUCAACAUAUUCAGUACAGACCAGCAGCCACCACUCAAAUCUCCUCUUCCGCAGCCGAAGAGAUCCUCGCUAGCCAGCGUCGCCAUCGUCCCAUUUCCCCCCAUCUAGCCAUCUACCGACCCCAGAUAACAUGGUAUCUGUCCGGUCUGCACCGAAUCACUGGCGCCACCCUGUCCGGCGCGAUCUACGUCUUCGGCGCUGCCUACCUCGUCGCACCCAUGUUCGGCUGGCACCUAGAAUCCGCCAGUCUGGCCGCGAGCUUCGCUUCCCUGCCCAUCCUGGUCAAAAUCGGACUGAAGGCGCUCGUCGCAUUCCCUUUCACUUUCCACAGCUUCAACGGACUGAGACAUUUGGUCUGGGACACGGGCGCGACUAUCACAAACAAACAAGUCAUCAUUACCGGGUGGACUGUCGUUGGGUUGAGCGCUCUCACUGCUUUGGGAUUCACUUUCUUGUGA